GCCUGCUGGACGUGAAAAGAUGGCAGAAGGAUAAAAUAUCCCCCUGCCUGCCAUCGCCCUCUCCUGCGAGGUCCUCUCCUUCCUUGUUUCUCUGCUCUUCCGCUUCGCCACGCUGCGUGCCUCCAUCUGCAUGCAAUCCCACAGUUUGGGAUCCGUGUUCGCCUCGCCGCUCCCCUUCUUCCACCGGCGUGCUGAACCGCUUCAGCGAGGACGUCGGGGUGACCGAUGCUGUGCUUCCACAGUUGCCGCUGGAUAUCCUGAAU